GUUUUCAUUCCCCCACCACUUUCCCCACACAGUCAUGUCGCGUUAGAGAUAUGGAAUCAUUUGAGCACGCCAUAGUGCAGGGCACGCAUGCUAUUUCCCGCCCGGUAGCCCUGGCCCUGCACCUAUGCUUUGGAUUGACCUACGCAACGCAUUUGUAUAGGCACCGUCUGGAAUGGGCUCACGGAAAAUGGGCGUUGAACUGUUUCCUAUUCCCGCUUCAGGGCGGCCAUCGCCAUGCGGUGUUCCAGGUGUUCGCUUGGGGGCUUUGGGGACUCUCCGCCGCCAUCAGCGUUCCAAUAUAUGUUUCGCUGCUGGCGGAGAGUGAGAUCGGCAUCAGAGAGGAUGCCAGCUGGUUCAAUGUUCGCAGCUUUAUGUCGAUGCUAGGCCUGCGCCGGCCGCUCAUCCCGCUAACCCACAUAGACGUGGCUUCGGGUGCUGCUGCCGUGUCAAGUCUCUGGGGCGAGCUCUUCCUGCUGAAAGCUCUAUUAGUAUUUGACGGCAGCGCACGACUGGUUCAGCGCGGUCGUGGCGGCAAGGCGCCCUGCAAGGAUCUCCGUGCCGACUGCCGCGGCGGCGAGAAGCCCACAGCAGCUGCUACUGCUACACCAGGGGGCAAGCAGAACCAGGCGAGCGGCGUCUGGAAUCGGGAGCAGCGGCACCAGCAGCCGCACCGGAAGCAGCACCAGCAGCAGGCAACUGGUUGCCCCCCGCCUGGCCAGCCUGCUGGUGUGCCUGAUGGGCGGCGCGCUGUCGCUCACCGGCUGUGUGCUGCUGCUGGCGCUGGAGCACAUGCCGGACACGGCGUCACGCGUGCUGUACUGCUGCCUGGCGCUGUCGUGCGUUGCCAUCGGCGCCAGCAGCACGCACGGACUGGGCGGCCACCUGAGGUACUGCGCGGGAGCAGCCAGCAGCGCGGGCGCGGCGGUGCUGCGGGCGGGAGGAG